GGGAAGGGCGGUGCACAUUCUGGGAACAGCGGGGGCUCUCCUGGUGACUCACUUUUCCCCGGGACAUCUCGCAGGUCUGCCCACCAGGGUAAGCGGCUCUCUUGAGUGAAUGUGGACAGUGGGCCCAGCUUCCUAAAGUGCCUCCCAAGUGUGCUGCUAGGGGCUCACGGGGAGCCCUCCCUCGGCUGUGUGUCGGAGGGAAAUGUUACCAGUAAAAGCUUUUUCACGUGUGCUUGUGGGUUUAUUUUUACAAUCCGUAAUUUAUAGUCGACAGUUUUGUUCUAAAGCACUUAUAAGUCCUCAUCUCUGGAUUGAAAAAAUGCAUAACCUGGGAGACUUCGCAUGUUUGCACUGUUAUGCUGUGUGAGGACAAAGGACUUCCUCACACUUCGGACCACUGUGUGUAUGUGUUCAGCGGGAAACCAGCAGAUUCUCUUAGAAAGGGUGUGUUGGCCACGUCUACAGACAUCUGGCCAGAGGUCGUUGGUUGUCCAGAGGCUGUGGGCCAAGGAGAAGAGAUGCUACUUACGACAUAACGGUGAUGAGAAGAGUAGCUGGCAGCUGUUCCACACGUUCAUGUGAGAGAAGAUUCCAGACAGGCUUCUUGUGCCUCUUGGUGCCUCUUGGUUCCUGGUGACACCGAUGAGGGGCCUGUUGUGGGGAUCAGUCACUGACCCACCGCUCAACCCUCUCAAGGCAGCCAAGUUUGGGGAACAUUUGCCGCGAUGUCAACACCUGGGGCCGGUGCUGCCCCAGGUCAGCUUUGCCUAGAGAGAGCAGAGCCUGCUGGGUCCACCCCUGCCCUGGGAGCCAGAAGGGCACCGCCAUCCCAGAGCAGGGGAAGGACCACCCCUGCGGCCUGGAUCCUACUCCCAGACUGUGACUCUGAACGUGCUUCCUCUGCCUCUCACCCUGAGGUGGCUCAGGCCUGCGGAGCACAGCCGGGGUUCACGCCAUCUUCACUGAAACUUCAGUUCCCUUUCAUCUCAUGGAAGAGGCAGGAGGGAUCCUGCCUGUUACAUUUAUCACAUCAAAGAGAUAGUCCUGAAGCUUUUAGGAGCUUGAAAGCUAGCCUGUUGCUGCAUAGAUGUAGAAACCGAGGCCCAGGAACGAACAGUGACUUGGCUGUAGUCACAGGGCCUGCUGGCAGCCUUCUGUGCUCUGAGUUGGAUGUGACUUCUCGUGGGCACUUUUCUGACCUCAGUGUCAGGUGCGGCCUCCUGCAGAGCCCUUAGAAGGUUCCAGAGCACCUGGAUCAUCCAGUGUGAAUAUCUUCUCCUUUGCAUGGGGGUUGUUUGCUUUGAGGUGGUUAAACUACUUUUCUCCCUGAGACAGAUGACCUAGGCUUCUCGUCAGCUGGUAUUUCUCGAGCUCCAGCUCGAGGCAAGUUGGGUUCUGUAGGCUGUGCUUGUUCUGAGGUGGUGAUUGUGGGGUUGAGGGCCUGUUUGGGCCAGUGGCCAUGACCUCCCCCAGCAAAAGACCCCCUCAGCCCAGGAGCGAUGAAAAGUAGGAGGAGCUUGGGAAGUCCCGCACUGGGACCUGCUGGGGCAGGACCCUCAGGAUGUCAGGGUGCGGGGGGCUGGUGGCUGUGGUGAGUUAGGUCCAGCUCACCUGGUUCUGCAGCAGCCGGGUUCCUGGGAGAGGCAGCACCUGCUGGCUGCUGAGGAAGUCCCCAGUGGAGGGUGCAGACAGGCCCCUGGCCUCUUCUGGCUUGUCUACCCCAGCUGGGCCCAGCAUUGUUCACUGGGCACCCCACCCCCUCUUCGACAGUACAGACCUUCCUGGGGCUGAUGGCUCAAUCCAAGACCCACUGGAUGGGAAGAGAGCCUGCAGCUGUCGGGCUCCAGGGUCAGGUUAAUUGAAGAAGCAAUUGGAUAGGAGGUGGGGAGAGGGAGGGGGUAGGGCUGGGAUUGUGGGGCCUCCCUCCCUCUCCCUCCCUCCUCUGCUCAGAGGAGCCAACUUCAAAAGCGUUGCCUGCCUGCCGCCAGCCUUCCCUGCUGCAGCCUGUCCUGGGAAGCCCUGCUGGCCAGGCUUGGAGCAGGACCUGGGUGGCAGCCACACUCCCUACCUGAGGACCCAGGAUCAUGUGCAAGGCCCACUGGCAGGAGUGAGGGAGGGCCUCACCCUGAGAGGCCCAUGGUGCCUCUCAAGCCUGCACUCUGGGCGCUCCUGCUGGCUCUGCUGGGGCUUGCACCAGGCCAGGCAGGGCUCCACGCCUGCAGUGUCCCUGACGUGCUCCGUCACUACCGUGUGGUCAUCUUUGAGGACCUGCAGGCCGCCGUGAGGCAGGUCGGGCCAGGGGCAGGUCGGACUGGGCCAGGCUCCCGACACCUCCAUUUCAUCCAGAAAAACCUGACUGAAGCUGCAGCCCUUGGACGGCAGGAUCGGGCGGGAGCUUCCUGCAGUGCCCAGAAGGAGCACGAUAUCCUACUGUCCAUUGCAUCCCUGGGCCAGACCCUGCGCAGGGUAGUGGCCCAGGGCCACCACCGUGGGGCACUGGAGAAAGCCGCGUGGACUGUAGCCCUGCGCACUGAAGCACUGAUGCGGCGCCACUGCUGGAUGCUGCACCAGCAGGGCGGGCGGCCCAAGAGGCGCCCUCCCCAGCGUCACAGCCGCCGCAGCCGGAGGCGGCUCCUUCUGCGCGUCCUGGACACCGUCGCCACCUGCUGGGAGAAGCUCUUCGCGCUGCGUGCCGCGGCCACAGAGGGCUCCUAGCGCGUCCUGAGCAGGCCAGAGAAGAGCCAGUGGGGCCGCGGGGCCUGGGAACCAGCUUGGUUUGGUGACAACCGCCUUCCCUCCCUCUUGUUGGCUUACUGCUGGGCCAGGCCCCUUGCUGUCAUGACCCGCUCUCCCUGGAGGGCCCUGGACCUGGACAUGCUCCAGACGCCAAGCCAGGACUCAGUAAACUGCUGGUGCUA